UUCAUUGCAAUGGAAAGAAUAAAAUUUUAAGUUUUCUUGUAUUUAAAAAUGUUUAAGCCGACAUCUAUUAAGGAAGCUAUCUCAUUAUGGCAACUAAAAAAUAGUAUACCAGCCUCGGAGGCUCAUGAAGUCGGUUUACAAUUUCAAUGGCCGCCCAUUGAAAAAAUGGACUCUAGUUUGGCUCGAUUAGUCGAAUGUCGCAAGCUAAGUCUCUCAACCAAUUUGAUUGAUAGAAUUUCGGGUCUCGGUACCCUUAAGAACUUAAAAGUUCUAGAGCUCUCUCAUUUAAAACUAAGAUCUUUACUGACCAUAUAUUAUUUUAUUGUAUAUACGCCGCAGGAAGUCUUGGAAAAUACUUUGGAAGAAUUGAUUGUCAGCUACAAUUAUAUUGAAAAACUGCAUCCAAUUGACACAAUGAAAGCUUUGAAAGUAUUUAACGUAUCAAAUAAUCUCGUUAAAGAUUGGGUAGACUUUAACCUGAUGGCCACAAUAAAAUUGGAGUCUUUGUCGUUUCUUGGCAAUCCAUUGCAGGAAAGGUUUGCUGAUGAUGGACUCGUAUAUAAAAUGGAGGUGAGAAAACGAUUACCAAACCUAAAAUAUUUAGAUGGUGAUCAGUUGAAAAAAAAUAGUUACAUUUAGCUUGUGUAUAGAAUUAACGUAUUUUACGGCAUUAAUAAAUUUACUUAAGGUUAUUUAA